ACCAGCAGAAGAAGAAACGUGAACUACUGAUUGGUGGAGCCGCUGAAAUUUGGUUUGAAUCUAAGUUGACUGUUAUUGCGACUUCUUGUCUAAAAUAAUUCAGUUCGGUUUCCAGGAUUUCACAUUUGAUUCGGAACUAUUCUUCUCGUGCACGUGUUUUUCUUCUUGUGGUCAUCGUCCUUCUUGGAUGCGAUGCGUCACAAUUCCUCUACCAGCCGCCGGAAGGGGAAAACCCCCCAGCAUCGUCCCCCGCUGGCGGCCCCCGAGACGUCUGGUUCGAACCCCCGGUCCCAAACACACAGUGGAGCUUCAGGGCAGCCGCCUGCGUCUCCCAGGAAGAGACGGUUUCGACCUGGGACCAGGGCCCUAAUGGAAAUCCGCAAGUACCAAAAGACCACUGAUCUCCUGCUCAGAAAGGGACCCUUCGCUCGUCUAGUUCGAGAGGUGUGCCAGAGCUUCUCUGGUCAACAUCUGCGGUGGCAGGUCUUUGCCCUCAUGGCCCUGCAGGAGGCUGCAGAGGCGUUUCUCGUCAUGUUGUUCUCCGAUGCCAAUUUGUGUGCCAUCCAUGCCAAGCGGGUCACGCUGUUCCCCCGUGACAUUCAGCUCGCCAGGAGGAUCCGCGGGGUGGACAACCUGUAAAGAGAACCCUAUACAGGGUGGACAAGCAAGAUUUGUUCCAGUUCAGUCGGUUGCAAUGCUACUGUGCUGUGUUUCAUUCAUUUUUUCAUAAUUUGCCCCUGCAGGCAUUUUAGCUUCAAAUCACCUGUUAAUAUGAAAAUCAUCCUUGUACAGCAGUAUUUUAAAACCUUGUUGAAUAUGUUAAUGAACUGCAUUUGUAUUAUCUUUGUUUUGAUUUUGAUGUUAUUUGAUUUGUACAUAUUGUUCCCCAAACAAAUACAUUUAUUCUGUUAAUAAACUGCAUGUUUGUGUCUUUUUCAUA